AUGUUCAUUUCUCAUGUUGUUACUUUUCGCUAUCUCAUUCGCAUAAUUCAAGAAGAAAAAAAUGUUUCUUUUCCUUAUCUUAAGUUUUGUUUUGUUCUUUGUCUUGUGGCAUAUUUUCUUAUUAGUUCAUCUAUUGGAAGAUUUCUUUCAUUUACUUCGUUCAACUCAUUUGUCUUUAUUUGUUUUCUCGAGAGUCAAGAUGCUGAUAAAUCAGCGUUCGUUCUUGUGAUGCAAUGUGCGUUCAACUCUUGCUCCGAGUGUAUGAUUGCUUCGACGGAGGAAAUAAGAAGAUCUUCUUUCAAUUGA